UGUGUGAUCACAUAGGAAAAAAUACGUUUAUGUAAAAGCUAUGUAGCCUUUAUGUCAUGAUAAAACUAAAUUAAAAUGUCACACAGUAAAAACAUAGGCUGCAAAUAUGUUUCAUUCACAUAGCAUAGAAUAUACAUAGCACUAUGUAAAAGCUAAGAAUAUCGUUGGAAACAAAAGUGAACAUCAAGAGGCUAUGUAAAAGUUAUUUUACUUUGGUGCUUAGUGAAAACAUAGGAUGCAAAUCGGAAGGAAGACCAGAACUUUCUAUUGCAUAGUAAAUACAUAGCUAUGUCAAGACUAUGAAAAGAUUUUAAAUAGUAUUUGCAUAGGUGUUAAAAAGCUAUGUACUUUUCAAAUAGCCUAAACAUAGUCUCAACAUAGAUUUUUCAUACUUUGGACUAUGUUAUGUGUUAUGUUACAUAGUUACUACAUAGGUAGUAGUGAACAUAACAUAGCUGAAACAUAGUCCAACAUAGUAAACAAGUAGCAUGAGCAUAGGCAGCUGUGACGGACACCAUACAAAUGACUUAUUGAUGGACUGAAGCAAAACUGACAGCAAAUGACUGGACAACCGUCAAUUUGAGUAACAUUAAACAAUUGUUUCACUGUGACAAAAGACGGAUCAAAAUGAACCAAUGACAUGCAGAGUCUUCUUAGCCAAUGACAUCAUGGCUGAACUGACAGACGACCAAUAAGAUUGCAACUUAAUUGAUCAAUCAGGUCAAUAACCAGAGUUUAAUACCAACAAUUGACACGAUACAACUCACUUUGACUCUGAAAAUGGCUACUGCACAGGUUGUCGAAAUGUCUGUCACUGUCAACAACAAUCCUGUUCAGUGCUACACUCACCCGGAACUAUCAUAAGUCACCUACUUAUGAAAUGACUCUUGGGUUCAAACCUUUCACAGUAACAGAUGUCCAGGUGAACCUAGAGCUGAAAAGAAGACUUCAAUCUGAUGGAUGCUUCUUGGAUCCUGAGAAAUAUGAUCCGGUGAAAUUCUUAGGAUCUGGAGGAUAUUCUAAGGUAAAGGGUACAAGUACAGUGUACAUAGAGGAUAUUUGGCCUUCUUAAGGGUUUAUGCUUAAUCAAAUCAAAUCAAAUCACUGGUUUAUUGUCCCUUUUGCAGUCGGACUGAAGACUGAAUUGUAGGAUACCUUACAAGCUGUGAUAUAUAUACUAAUAUGCUACAUUUAUUGACAAGAUUUAUAUUUAACACUAACAAAAUUUGAGAAACGUUCAGUCCUUGUGGCCGUCGGCUUGCUAGAACUCCCUGAUCUUAGACACACACUGGUAGAUAUAGAAACCACUCUGUUGUAUUUAGUGGGUAGAAUGGGUUACCUGGCCGAACCUUACCUAUAAAUUUAAUACAGGAGACUGUCCGACGGUCAGCAAGAGUGGAUAAUGCAGCUUUGUCAAGUGCUGUUUAAUGCAAAAUACCAGGCCAAAUGAUGGAAAGGGCCCUUUUUUGCACGUUCUCAAGAUAGCAAGCAAGAUACUUAGGCAAGUCAGCAAAGAUGGCGGAGAUGUACUAGUAGUGUACUAGUAUAGAGCGAAUUAGCACGCAGUAAAUAUGAACAAUAUCAGCCGACGGAACUUUGCACUUGUUGAGUUGUCUCAGUGCAUAAAGCCGUCUGUUGGCCUGGUUCACUAUGUAGUCGCAGUGCACUGCCCAAGUAAGGUCCUCAGAAAGAUGAACACCGAGGAGCUUAAAUAUAUAAGCUCUUGGGUGUCUAUAUCUCUGACGGUCUUUCAUGGAAUGUCCACAUAGAGCACAUAAUCAAAAAGGCAACAAGCAUUUGUACGCAUUGCGCGCGCGCAAAAAAAGUGGCCUCAUUAUCACGGAGCUAGUGCAAGUGUACUGUAGCAUUGUAAGAUCUGUACUUGAAUAUGCCUGCCCUGUUUGGGCAGCCCUACCAAAGUAUUUAGAGGACGUUAUAGAAUCUGUACAAAAAAGGGCCCUACGCAUCGUUUUGCCGAACUGUCACUAUGACGACGCCCUAAUUCAAUCUGGCAUCACUGUCCUUUCCCAAAGAAGGGAGGAAGCUUGCAUUAAUUUUAUCAAGCGUGACUGCCUGUCGUCUCCAGUACUCAAGCCAUUAAUUCCUUGUGUGUCAAUUGACAGGCCUCACUGCCUCCGUUCAGGCGAAUGUGUUCCGGUGCGCCUUGUCCCCAAGACAAAGCGAUUCGCAGAUUUCUGCACCAUUAAGUUUCAAGACCAGUUGUAAUCCUGUGCUUUUUUAUUUUUUCUCUGUUAUGUAGUGUUGUUAAUCAUAUUUACAUAAUUAUCUAUUUGAUUGUUUUUGUAUUGUAUUGUCUUCUGUUAGUGUCACUGACCUUCCUUGUAAUUGAACCUUUAGGCUGCGAGAGGGAUAUCAAUAAACUAUUAUUAUUAUUAUUAUUAUUAUUAUUAUUAUUAUUAUUAAUGUAGAGACCUGUUCAAUAUCGGACCCACCAACUGGGAUUUUCCCUGUCGGUGUCUCAGCACAUCUUUGUGUUGUUUGUCACCCUUUCAUCUGUCACAGUGUUAGUGUCUGAUCUAGGAUUUCCAGCUAGGGGGGCAAUGCAUCCCAGUCAACAAUUUUUCAGAGGGACAUUUCUUUUUUGGGAGGGGCACUGUUUUUUUUUUUAUUCUAAUGUACCAGGUGUUCGGAUAUCAGCAAAUGUCAUAUUCUCUGGAUUUGGCUCUUGCUUUCCCUUUGGUAAUCUUCUGAAACUUAAACCAAAAUAUUAUUUUAAGAAGAUUUUGCACGAGGAUAAAUUACAUUUCCUUGUUUCUUUUUCUUUUGGAAAACAAUUUGAAGAGCGGCAAAGUGACCCAGAUCGGGUAUUUGAAGGGGACAUCUUUGCUCAAACCGCGGCAAUCCCAUAGAGGCAGGCUCUAGAUCAGACACUGCUGUCUUACAUCACUGUUUCAAGGCCAUGUCACAUGUCAGAAUUGUAUCCUAGCAACGCUUCAAUAUUACAUGGCCAUGCAGAGAUCUGAAAUAUGCCUCUUCAAGACUUGAAAAAUAUUUCACAAGUGAGCCUAGUGAACAAGUUAGUUAUUAAUAUUUUUCAACAUGUGAGGAUAAUUUUUUUUUUGGAUCUCCAAGUGGCCGUGUAUUGUAUAUAUAUAUAUAUAUAUAUAUAUAGGAAGUCUGUGUUUCGAUUUUUCCGUAGUAGAGUGCUCGAUACGUUAAAGUAGAGCGUGAUAUAAAUAUUGGAAGUAGGAAAAAACUACACUUUCAUCCCGACAAGCCUGUUUCGUGAUCUCUCACUCUUCAGGGGAUUUUAAUGAUAAGAAUAUUCAUAACCAUCGACUAUAUACUUUGAGAUUACAUUGUUGGGGAAAAUUUAAAUUUAAAUAUUUAAUUGUUACAUAGCAACGCUUUGCUUCUGUGGCGGCAAGAAGAUACAAGUUCGUUACGUUUGUUAAGUGAUGAUAGACGUGUUUACCAAGUAAACACGUCUGGUCCCUGAAAGACAACAACAUUGACUACUCUAUUCAUGGCGUAUCAUUUCAUCUAGCUCAUCGUAUAACAGUUCAAGUAAAAGGUGUAACCUUUGCCUCAAAGAGAAAUUUUUAAUUAUCUGUCGUCCCAAUCUAUCAUCACUUAACAAACGUAACGAACUUGUAUCUUCUUGCCGCCACAGAAACAAAGCGUUGCUAUGUAACAAUUAAACAUUUGAAUUUAAAUUUUCCCCAACAAUGUAAUCUCAAAGUAUAUAGUCGAUGGUUAUGAAUAUUCUUAUCAUUAAAAUCCCCUGAAGAGUGAGAGAUCACGAAACAGGCUUGUCGGGAUGAAAGUGUAGUUUUUUCCUACUUCCAAUAUAUAUAUAUAUAUAUAUAUAUAUAUAUAUAUAUAUAUAAUUUGCACGGAAAUUCUCUUGCCAGGAGAGGGGGUCUAGAUCCUGCCCGCUUCUCAACUCCUUUAACGGAACCUCCCUUGCGGUUUCGCACUGGAAAUUAAGGAUGGACACUUAUGGUUGGGUGUCUAUCCAACCGUCUCAACCAAAACAAGCCAUUCUCCGGACCGGUUUCGACUUUAAUGUCUUCUUCAGCGGAUUUAUAACAGUUUCAGCUUGUCCGGUCGCUUACGCGCCGUUGGACUUAAUGCAUUAACUCGUUAUCUACAGUCAUUUAUAUAAACUGUGCAAUUAAAUCAUUACAUCUAUUACGUCAGUGUGACGUCACUAAUUUGAUCAACAAGCAGUUCGAGUUCCAAACGAAAUGUUGUUUCAUUAAAAUAAAUGUCUCUAUUCUGUCCCUUGUCGGACCCUGCGAUCGCACUUUGUCUCUCUUAAAAAUAAUAUUCUUGCUGCUUGUGCCUCUUCGUCGUCUGUUUGCCACUCGAGAAUUAUAUAGCUGAAACUGUUUUUUCUCUGAUGUUAAUAGCGGCGGUGGACAAAUGGACAAAUGGACAAUGGUGUGUAAAUGGACAAUCAUAUCCAUUUACACACCAAGGACUUUCCGUGUGUUUGGACAGUGCACUCAAUCAAGUUUUAGGACUAAAACAAGUUCUAUGAACGCUUCUAAGUUGUUUAAUUAGGAACGAUGCGAACAGCGUAAACAACUUCAGAACAUUAGAAACGAAUUAAUUGCGUCAUACCAACGUCAACAAUGACAUUAGCGCGCGAAGCCGACAGUGCGCGUAAAACGGUAAAUUAAGCCUUCCACCACUAGGCUGUAAACAAGUAAACAAUUUAUUAAGCAAUUAAUUUCGUCACACGAACGUAAACAAAGCUAACGAGCUUUGAAAAGUAUAAAUAGGACAACGAAUACGAUAAUUGAGUGUAACCUUUGUGCCCUGAAGAAGCCAAACGGCGAAACGCGUCGGCGAAAUAAAAGGUCUUGUGGCAAGUGCAUUCUUCGUGCUAUGUACGCUCGUGACACCCUAGAGCAGGAAUACCCUGGUAAAUAUCCGUGGCGGGAUCUGUGCAAAAUAUAUAUAUAUAUAUAUGUUGCAGUUAAUUUUUUAUUUCAGUUAAUUUUUAUUUUUCUAUUGUUUUUGGGUAUGGUAAUGUAUGCUAAUGAAUUUUAAACAAAGGGAAAACAAAAAUUAACUGAAAUAAAGAAUUAACUGCAACAUAUAUAUAAACACCUAUGAAAUACCAAACUACUUCACUUUACAGUAGAACCUCGAUAUAACGAAGUGCCAAGGGACUGGCAAAAUAUAUUCGCUAUAACGAGGUUUCGUUAGACAAGUCUAGGAAUUUACUUACUGUCCAAUUUACAAUACAUCAUAGAUUAACAAAAACAACUUAAAGUUUUAAUUUGGAGGCUCUUAAGGCCCCACUUGAUUUUUAGCAGAAUUAGGCUAGUUAUCAUUAGUUACAAAAUUUCAUAGGCAUUAUGCAAUCCAGUGCAAUCUUGGAUCAUAAUUGGUAGGGGGAGGGAUGUCUAGAGGAACACUUCCAGAAAAAAUUGAUGAAUUCUUCAUCUGAAGUCUCUGGACACAGUUAAGUACAAUGAAAAUUUCACUUCUGAUUAACAUUAUUUGUGAAGUUCCCUUAAAGUUAAAGUUUGGUUAACUCUUAGAAUUUUAAGGGUAAACUGAGGCUUGACAUUCUCAUAACAGGUCUAUCUUGUGAUUGAAAAACGAACAGGCAAGAAAAUGGCUGCUAAGAUGUUUAAUCUGGGGGCAAAUACAAGUGACACACAAAAGGUACAAAGUUAUAACUACAAUUUAUAA